CAUAAACUAUUUCCCCUUUCCAAUUUUCUCUUUUUUCUCUCUGUGCAAGUAGAGCUGCAGUAAUUGGGGAGAAAUUCAACUCGAAAUUGAGCGAUUCGCUAUAACUGAGGUUUGAAUUUGUCUGUAACUAGGUUUAGAAGUGAUAAAAGAUGCAACAUGAUGAGGUUAUAUGGCAAGUUAUCAGACACAAGCAUUGCAGUUUCAUGGCCAAGAUUGAGACUGGGAUAUUUUGUCGAAACCCAUAUAAUGUAACUGGGAUUUGCAACCGUAGCUCAUGUCCUCUGGCUAAUAGCCGGUACGCCACCAUUCGGGAUCAUGAUGGAGUAUUCUAUUUGUACAUGAAAACAAUAGAAAGGGCUCACAUGCCAAACAAACUUUGGGAACGAGUUAAAUUGCCAAGAAAUUAUGAAAAGGCUCUUGAAAUCAUUGAUAAACAUUUGAUGUAUUGGCCUAAGUUUCUUGUGCACAAGGCAAAACAACGUUUAACAAAAAUGACUCAGAUGCGAAUAAGAAUGAGGAAACUUGCUUUGAAAACAAGGGAGAAGAUAAUGACCACACCAAGGAAAGAAACAAAAAGAGAAUCUCGGCGACAGGAAAAGGCUGAAAAAGCUGCUCUUCUCGAUAAAAAUAUUGAGAAGGAACUGCUUGAACGCCUUUCAAAAGGAAUGUAUGGCGACAUAUACAAUUAUCCUGAGCAGAAGUAUCAAGAGAUUCUUGCUAGAGAAGCAGAGCAAGUGGCUAGUGAAGAAGAAGACGAGGAGGAAUUUGAAGUAGAAUAUGUUGAAGGCUAUGAAGAUCUUGAAGAAGAAGAUGACAUUGAAGAUUUUGAUGGUUUUGGAAUUAGAGACAAUGGCUUGGAUGCUGAUACUGGAGACGAUGAUGAUGAUGACGACGAUGACGAUGACGAAGAAGCUGUUACAGUUCAUCGGAAGAGUGGUGGAAAAGAUUCUGCUUUAGCUAGAAGAAGAGCUGAGAAAGAUGAUCCAAGUGCCAAAGCAAAGAAAAAGGCGAAAGUACUCGUGGAGGUUGAGCACGACGAUACAAGUGCAAGACAGACAACAGUACAAUGAGAGCUUGCUUUUUAAGUGGCACGGCAAAAAGAUUUGGUUGGACACAAAUGUUACGCGAAGAGAUAGAACAAACUGGAUCGUACUAAAUUUUGAUAUUGUUGUAACAAAAUUUUUGUGGUAAUUGUUCGUAUUUUCGAGUAGAAAAUAGAAAAAAAAGAACUCUUGGGCUGGGCCAAAUCUGUUUUGGUUAGGCCCAUAAUCAGCUUGGGUUGUGAUCUUUAGGCCCAUAACACAAUGGCUGGAAGAAAUGAUUUUGUAUUACUCAUCUCAUUACCUUAUUUUCCCCUUCAUCUUGCCCUUGCUCUAUGAAAAGUUCCAUUUUAUUUUUAA